CACAGUUACGGGGAGGCUGUCGAUGCGAGGAAGCGCAAUUCAGGUUUGGCGAGUUUGGGAGCAGGGAGUGCACAAAGAGCGCAAGCCAGGCCACUGCGAGAGGAGCGCCCAGAGAGGAGACGCACCGAGCGUCUCCCACAACGGCGGAGUUUCCCCAGCCCUCGAACGCGACCUACGCGAAACUUCCUUUUUUUUUCAUUUUCCCUCUCAAAUUCAUUUCGCGUAGUUUCUCUUCCAGCCGCAGACAACUUUGCAGCCUGGACAUGUUAGAUACCCUAUAAGUAGAUGACGUUCACCUGUAGAAGACUUCUUCACUUGUGAGAGAAAUACUCAAACAUUUUUUUUUUUUGCCCGUGUCAGCUGUCAUACGUGUUUGUGCCAGUCAUCUUUAAGAACCUUUUUUUUCCCCUCCUCCUCAGAGCGGUGGAAUGUGGGGCUUAUGUCACUGAGAGUCAGUAAUUUCGCUUUCGACUGGCGCUAAUUACUCGCUCCCCCUCCGAGACUUUGCGGGCGCUCCUCUUCCCCCCUCCGGCUGCGGCGUUUCGCCUCUGAGAGAGCCCGGAGUCGGCGGCGGGAGGAACUGACCGAGGCGGAGGAGAAGAAGAGAAGAAGAAGAAGAAGAAGAGAAACCCGAGGUCUCCCACACGCUUAGCGGUCUGCCAGGGAGCGGGCCGCCCGCACUUCCCCAGGGCCGAGAGCAGAGAGGAGAUGCACCUGCGGGGGACCGCUACUUGCCUGUCCGCCUUUGCUCUCUGAGGGGGCUUCGCGAGUUCGAGACUGACUCACUUCGCUGCCGCCGCUGCGCUCGACACAGGCUCCUUAACAGAUUGGAUGGUUUUUCCAUAAUGACCGCAGAGGACUCCACAACGAAACCCGCCACCAUGACCACACCCAACCCCAGCUCCCAGCCCGCCUGCCACCCCCAGCAACCCCACACCUCCGUGCCCGAGGGGGUGGCCGGGGCCCCCAACGAGCCGGCCCUGGUAGCCCUGAUGGAGCGCACGGGCUACGGCAUGGUCCAGGAGAACGGCCAGCGAAAGUACGGCCCCCCGCCCGGGUGGGAUGGCCACGCCCCCCCGCGGGGCUGCGAGAUCUUCGUGGGGAAGAUCCCGCGGGACGUCUACGAGGACGAGCUGGUGCCCGUCUUCGAGACGGUGGGGCGCAUCUACGAGAUGCGCCUGAUGAUGGACUUCGACGGGAAGAACCGGGGCUACGCCUUCGUCACGUACACCCAGAAGCACGAGGCCAAGCGGGCCGUGCGGGAGCUCAACAACUACGAGGUCCGCCCGGGGCGGCUCCUGGGCGUCUGCUGCUCGGUGGACAACUGCCGCCUCUUCAUCGGGGGCAUCCCGAAAACCAAGAAGCGCGAGGAGAUCCUGGAGGAGGUCUCCAAGGUGACCGAGGGCGUGCUGGACGUCAUCGUGUACGCCAGCGCCGCCGACAAGAUGAAGAACCGCGGCUUCGCCUUCGUGGAGUACGAGAGCCACCGGGCGGCGGCCAUGGCCCGGCGCAAGCUGAUGCCGGGCCGCAUCCAGCUGUGGGGCCACCAGAUCGCCGUGGACUGGGCGGAGCCCGAGAUCGACGUGGACGAGGACGUGAUGGAGACGGUCAAGAUCCUCUACGUGCGCAACCUGAUGAUCGAGACGUCGGAGGAGACGCUGCGGCAGGUCUUCGGCCAGUUCAACCCCGGGUGCGUGGAGCGCGUCAAGAAGAUCCGCGACUACGCCUUCGUGCACUUCGCCAACCGCGGCGACGCCGUCCUCGCCAUGGACAACCUCAACGGCACGGAGGUGGAGGGAUCCUGCAUCGAAGUGACUCUCGCCAAGCCCGUCGACAAGGAGCAGUACACUCGAUACCAGAAGGCUGCCAAGGGGACCACCCCCGCCCCAGAGACCCCCCAGACCAACUACAUUUACCAGUGCGAUCCCUACACCCUCGCUUACUAUGGGUACCCUUACAAUGCACUCAUAGGGCCCAACAGAGAAUACUUCAUCAAAGCAGGUGCUAUAAGAGGGCGGGGCCGCGCAGCCUCAGGGAGCAGGGCCACGGGCCCGCGAGGGUCUUAUCUGGGGGGCUACUCGGCCGGGCGCGGCAUAUACAGCAGGUACCACGAGGGCAAGGCCAAGCAGCAGGACAAGCCGUACGAGCUGGUGCCCAGCCUGGAGCUGGCAGCCGUCAACCCAGUGGGCAUCAAGCCGGGCGCAAGUCAGUUGACCCUCCCAACUCUGGGCGGUCAGUACCCCAUGUUCUCCAGUGGCCCCGCUGCUAAACUAUUGGAGGAGGGGAAGAUGCACGCGGUCGAGCACCUGAUCAACCCCCUGGCCAUGCAGCACGACCACUCCACGGCCGCCGCCGCCACUGCCGCCGUCCUUCCCGCCGUCUCCACCCCACCCCCAUUCCAGGGCCGACCCAUCACCCCGGUGUACGCCAUGGCCCACAACGUCCAGCGCAUCCCGACGGCGGCGGCGGCGGCCGGCCUCUACGGGGCCGGCUACGGGGCCAGCUACGCCGUGCCCAUCGCCGCGCCGACCACCGCCACCCUGGCGGCCCUGCAGAAGAACGCGGCCGUGGCGGCGGCCGCGUACGGAGCCUACGCCGGCUACAUGCCUCAGGCCUUCCCCGCCGCCGCUGCCUUCCAGGUGCCCAUUCAUGACAUCUAUCAGACCUACUGAAGGAGCCUGUGGCCGGGCCGCGCUCUCUGACGCCCCCUACAGGGACAAGAAGGAAACUGAAGAAACACUGAAGUACUUACAAAGCGCAAUAUCUCUUUUUAACGUUCUGAAGUUUGCUGGUUUGUGUCCAAAGCUCAGAAGUUUUUAACAGAAGUUAUUUUAGUAAAGUAAAAAAUUUGACUUUUUCAACAACAAAACAAAACUUUUUCAGAAAUACUGUGUUUGUUAACAGGAGUUAACAUCUUUCUAGAGUUUUAUAGACAAUUUAAUGGGGGUUUUUUUAGACGCUUGCAUCUUCCGUCCAUACACUGUCUAAAGUUUCGAAAGAGGAUGUUUAUCAUUAUUCAUGUAUUAUUAUUAUUGUUAUUAUUAUUAUUAUUUCUGUUUUUAUUGCUUUGGUUAUGAUGUUGUGAAUGUUAUUCCUGUUGAGGUGGUUUAUCUUUAUAAAAUGAUGUGGUACAGUAUGAAGUUUUUAUAUAAGUGGUGCACUCCAGGAUUAGGCUGAGCCUCUUUUCACAGAACAUUGUCUCUAAAAACAUACAAUGACUGCACAUACAAAAGACAGCCACACACUGUGACAUUUAAGUCACACUGAUAAUACAAAAGAACCGACACAGGUACUACAGGCACCAUCUUAGAGCGCAGUUGUUAUUUGAAUAUUUUCAACCAUGUCGAAAUGUCUUGGGUAUCAGACUUUCUUUUGAAAGACUUGAUUCUGCAUUUUUCAUUUACCAAAGACUUGUGUUUUGGCCGACUGAUAUAACAAACUUGUCUGUGAGGUCAGGAAUCUUUCAGGAAUCCUUGAUAGGGCUCAUUCUCACUGGUCAAAAGUUUGGUGUAGGUAGAGUAUGCAAUAUCAGUUUCAGGACUCUCCAAACAGUUGCUUACAUUUUUGUAGAAUCUCACCUAAGAUCCCUUUCAGCAUUAUCGGGUGUCCAUUAAAAAAGCAGUGCACUAGAGACUGAUGGGACAUGGAGUUCAUAACUUGUCAAACACACUUCACAAACUCAUGCUCCUCCCAUUAAGCUCUCUGUGAUUCUUUGCCUUUUAAAUACAUUCCAGUGCUCAGUCUGCUCAUACAAGCCAGUUGCUAAAACAGUAAUACAUGGUAGUGUGUGUGAAUUUUCUAAAUUAUUCUGUGCCUGCAUACUGUUUACAGCUACUUCUGACAACUGACAAACCCUGAAAUAUGAAGGACACAGAAUUAUGUCAGUUGGUUGCCUACACCAUUCUGGGAACACUACCAGAGGGUGUUAUGUCUCCAUUGACUUCACUGUAACUGAAAUGAGAACUUUUAAAAAAACCCUUCUGCAUAGAAUAUACCUAUUUCUCUUGGCAUUUCUCUCACUUCAAUCAUUUUAGCAAUUUAAAUCAGCACCACCAAUCAUAAUGCAACAUCUAGCAUGAAUGUGGUUCAUUUUUCAGCUGCCAGUAACAUGCUGUAUGAUGCCAUUAUAUACAACCCGGGAUGAAUUGAAAAUAGCAGAUAUUCUAUUAAUUUUCCAUAACCCCUCACACUCCCUCAUUUAUUAUGUUUGUUACAGCAAUGUACACCAUCUGAAUUUAACUUCUGAUGCACUGUUUAUUCAUUGUGUUCAACAUCCCUACUCUAAAUUCAGACCCCAAAAUAAGCACAGUGAGCUUUAGCCACGGUAUGUAUUGUACAGGGAGGCAAGCUGAUGGAGAACAGGCAGAGAUAGAAUGAGACAGACAUUGUUUAAGCUGCGUACAGAACUGGAACUCCUGUAGACCUAUUUUACUUGACCUCUUAGAGCACUAUGGCGUACAUGUGUAACAAAGAGGAAGCGACACGUAAGGGUGUGAGCAUGGCUAGCUUCUGUCUUACUCGAUAGCCAAGUGAGUUUUUCCAUCAAAAUAUGGCAUAUUUAAGUUUCAGCGUGUUUCUCUUAUGUGACUUAUUCUACAUGUGAUUUUCAAAAUAAUUUUGUAGCUUCUAUAGCCACUAUGCUGGGCUUCCCACUAUAUUUAAACGGGAACUUCACACUAAAGUACAGUUUUAUUCUGUUCAGUUAUAAUAUGUGAGAAAGGCAUAAAUUGUAACAUUACUGUAUAGCGUUCUAGCUUUCCAUCUCCCAUCCUGAAAAUAUCUGUGUAAAGUGGUAUGAUUCACAUCACGGGGUAGCCACACCCAUUGUAUAGGUAUUUUUAAGAGAGGCGUUCUGAAUUCAGGACACAAACAAUAAAAUAUCUAAACAUCUAAACAAAUAUAACUUUGAAAAAUGUCGGGGUCAUUAAAAUAUAAUAAUAUCAAAUUAGGACGUAGUUUCACCUUUAGGAUAUCAUAGAUUUGGGGAUGUCUAGAUUUGCAAUUUUGGAUUGCAAAAUACUAUAUCUUCUUAACAAAUAAUCACUCCUCUUAUCCUCUGUUCUGUACAGUCUGAAGCACUGCACGUGGGCUGAUAUUACAUUGCAUUUAUCUUUUAUUUUGUUUUGGAUUUAACUGUCAUCAGCACGGGAGAUAAAUUGCAUAUUUGAAAGAAAGAGACUUGACAUUUUGCAAGGAGUGGGGAAAAAAAGAUUGAGAUGAAGCCUGAAUCAUGCUUAUUUGUAUCAUUUGGGUCCACAUGAGAAAAUAAUUAGAAACAUUCCCCAAUGUAAUUUUACAAGCACUUUUCUGUACUUUGUGUCUGUAUGAAGGACAUUGCGUUUUGUACCGUGCGACACGUAUAAUAGAUAAAAUCCUGAGAAUGUACUCUGUGAACUGUGCAUUCCCACAGGUCCAAGCUGCUCAUCUGAGAACAAGAGAGGUCAGAGCACUCUUACUUGACUAUCACCAAGUAUAAGUGAAUGUCUGCUCUUUCACAGUACUCAAAAAGCAUUUCCUGUUGUAUAUGUGAGACCACUUCUAGGUACAAUACAUGCAUUUUGAUGAAGUAACUUGUGUAUUUAAAGUGAAGCCAAACAAAUAUGCAAUACAGGGGUGGUUCUGGUGUCUUUGAAGAAAAUAUUUCUAUAGGUUGUCUAUUUUCCAGCUGGGUUUUUCCGUUGUUGUCUUGAUAAAAACAAUAUUAUUUACUUGGGUGUGUUAACAUUUUCACAAGAAAUGGUUUGUAUUUAGGGUUUUUUUUUUUUUACUAUUUUGAGGGUUCUUUCUCUUAUUUACUUCACUGUUUGUAACUGGAAUGUGCUGUACCCAUUGUGUAUUGGUGUACGCGCUUAAAUGUUGCUUUAAAUGUUUGGUCCUUCCUUUUCAUUAUUUCGAGAGUGUUCAUAUAACUAUAAUAUUUAGUCUGACACAAGUAAUGUCACUGUCCAUGUGUACCUGUCCCAUGUCACAGUCUGUGGUCUAUGUUGGCCAAAAGAGAGGACGGGCACACAGCAAUGCUACCCAUAGAAGUUGUGCGGAAGAAAAUAAUUUAAUGCUGGCAUUGCUUUGCUGCAUGGACUUGCGUCUUGUUCCAUUGUAUUUCAAUGUGUUUUUAAAAAAAAUGUGGUAUUACCUUGCUGGAACAGGAACUUUGAUGCCCGUGCAGUGUUCACAGCCUGUUUAAAGGCUGUUCUUGUGGUGUUUAGAAAUGUUUAUAACCUAUAAAAUGUUCUUUAUUAACGCUCUUUAUGACAACAGGAGUCGGGACAUAUUUAAUAUAUGCAGUGAGAGUGUGUUGUAUAUGAAGCUAAGCAAAUACUGAGAAAAUAUAGUAUAAUAUAUUUGGAAAAAAACAUAUCCUUUUACUUUAUUUCUCUCUUGUUAUGGAGCAUAACCUCAACCACAACUGUUUGCCAAAGUGUCCAAUGAUAUGAGAACAUUUGUGAUAAAAGAGUUCAUAUUAUAUGUUGUGCUUAUUUGUUGUACAAAGCGGAGGAGGAGGUGUUCCCUAAUUCAUUUCAGAGAGCAAGUAAUUUCAUUUGCUACUCAGUUUCAACUGAAUUGCGAUUUAGGGAAUUGACAAGCCUCCUAUGAAGAAACCAUUCUUCUCCUGUGAUCAUUUCACUAACACUACAUAAGUAGUACCCUUAACUUGAAAAGGUUUCUAGCUACUUAAACGAACAAUGCUUUGAAAGUUUAUGAAAUAUUUUAGACUAUGUUUUAGUGUGCUUUUUUGCCAAAAUGUACUUUAUCUUCUGCAUCUUCUUAGGCCUUUUAUCUGUUUUCUAUUUUUGUGAUGUUUUUAAAAAAUGUAUUCAGGACUAUUUGCCUUUGUAGUUGUAAGUAGUUAAUAAAGCAUUUUUAAAAGGA